AUGCGUGGGGAUCUUUGUUCUCAUGCCGAGGGAACGCUGAUUCCCGAGCUGCAGCGCCAAGGUCUCCGCAUACCUCUGCAGCCUGUUCCCGUUAUCGACGACAACGGAUACAUCUGCGUCGACCCUCCCGUGGACAUCCGAAGAGAGCUGCUAGACCACAAGGAGAAGUUCGCUGUGAUUGAGCACGACAUACAAGUUCUGACGGCCAAGAUCGAGUAUCUGGCCAUCCGCAAAGGCGUGACGUCGGACGAGCUGGACGCAGGGGCGCGCCAACACCUUGGUGCCGUGGUGGACACGCUGGUAGAGUCGGCGACUCCACGCAAGCACGCUAAAGCAGACCCUACCGCGGACAGAAGUAACCCCGGAAGGGUCGCAAGCAGCGGCCGGGUGGGAGUUAUGUGGAACGCAGAGAAGCAAAGGUACUACGUCCCGAUCAUAUCUGCUCGCCGUCAGCAGGUUCGUCUAGGGUCGUACGAGGACAAGGACGAGGCGUCAUACGCGUAUGCUGCGGGAGCCGUUGUACUUCGCCCGAACUCACGCAUCAGCUGCACGGUUGAGCUGUCCGACGGUGACAGGCAGGCUUUAGCCGGCUGCACAGAGGAGAUCCUAAGGCUACUCGUGAAGUACAGGCGCUGGAACAGAUGGAGGGAGUGGCGUGCCGCAAUGGCUGGCCUGAACGACGCGCAGGCGGUCGAGACCCGUUCGCGGCGAAAGGGCAGAGCGUCCCGGGCCAGUAGUGACAUUGAGGAGGUGCAGGCGAUCACGCAGACUACAGAGGACCAGCCUAUGGCUGAAGAGCCAGAGGACCGAACAGAGGACUACACGGAUGACGACGAGUCCGUUGACGAUGAUGCUGUGGCCGUCGACGCGGAGGCAGCCUGCACGCCCAUUGUCGCCAACGCACCGCAAGGGGAGGAGGACACGGAGGCCGUGAAGGAACACCUGAUAGACGAGUUAAUGGAAGGCAAAGAUGAGGACGACGAGGAAGGAAACGGUGGUGGUCAGUCGUCAAGCAACGAUCCGUGUGGCGAGAACGGAUCAGAGGAGGAGCAGGCCACAAAAGUGCCACAUUCGAGGAAGCGGAUAGAUGCAGCCGAUGGCCAAGUCACACGCGUGGAAUUUGAUGCGUUGCGUGAUUCCCAGAUUGAUACCGCAAAGACACUGGCUCGUCUUGAGUCACACGUACUGACCAUCAUCCGCCUUCGCGAACGGCGUAAGCGCAAGCGGGCGUCCACAAGUGCCGCAGCUUCACUCGGCCGGGAAGCUUUGAAGCGGAAACGCCAGUCAGAUGAUGACGAAGAAUCCACGUGCGAUGAGGACGACUUGCCGGCGAAAGUGGCACGGCACGCGCGUCACGACAAGUCGUCAGUGCUCCAAACCGCCCUUGACAUCCUUCCAGCGGAGAAGGCUUGGAAGGAGCGGGACCUUGCAACGAUGGAUGCGCGGCACGGAGUGACCAUGUUUCGAAAGCUCAAUGUGUUGGUGGGAGAUGGGGUGGUGGGUGAUGGGGUGGUGGGGUGGUGGGAGACGGGGUGGUGGGGUGGUGGGAGACGGGGUGGUGGGAUGGUGGGUGAUGGGGUGGUGCUCGGUAAAGCGUGCACAUCCCACUUCAUCAUCUCGUCUCCCUCCUGUCCUUCCAUGACUUCUCUUUCGUUUCAGGCGCUGGGGAUGGUGGCGAGCAUGAGUUACUUCACCUGCUCGGCCUGCUCCAACUGCGCCACCAUCAUCGGCCAUGGAGGCGCCCACCACGCUGCUGCUCACCUGCCCGGCCUGCUCCAACCACGCUGCUGGAUCAGCUUCCUCGCAUGGCAAAGAUGGGUUGCUAACACAGUCGCUUCAAAAGCGGCCGCCCCGUUGCUCUCGGCGUCUAUACGGCUGCUGAAGAGAAGGCGCGAGCAGGGACGUCCUUCUCCCUCUCGCACCCAUCCAGUGUGCCUUGGUGCCCUGCUUUCAUACGCCUUCCCCACCCCCGCGCAUCCUUCCUUCCUGUCCUCUCUGGCCGCUCCUAGAAGCACCUCCUGCCCACUGGCGCUAACAGCGCAUGAUAGUGCACACGAGGCACGACCUGCCGAGUCGCUGAGGCAGGAAGAACAGCUGAGGGCAAGCCAAGGAGGCAGCAGAGGCGGCAAGCAACAGCACCAGCAUUGUGCUCAGGAACAAGAACCACGCCCCCAUGCAUGGUGGCCAGCCAGCCACGGAGUGGCGGAGCUGCUCCCAAACACGCCUCUCACACGCAAGCAGCGUGCAUACGUGAUGGAGGAUCAUCAUCCGCACGUCGCGGGGGACAACGUCCUCAAAAUCAGCUCUGGUGUGCUUUUGAGGCGCCUCAAAAUUUGCGGGUAG